GAGAAGUUAUAUUUACCCUUUCCAGAACGCGCGAACCUUCGCACGGCAGGGUGUCACGCGAUGCGGCCCAUGUUCACGAGCUUCCGGGAUCGAUUUUUCUCGAAAGUGCAGCACAAAGCUUGUGCCGCCAACAUCAUCUCGCUGUCGCUGGGCACGGCGAUCGGCUGGCUGUCCCCGUUCCUGCCGCUGCUGAUAUCCACCGACUCGCCGCUCGACCAGGGCCCGGUGACGGACGUGCAGGCGACCUGGAUCGCCUCCCUGCUGUGCAUCGGCGCAUUCGGCGGAACGCUUGUGUUCGGCUGGAGUGCGGAAAAGUUUGGCCGCAAGGCGUCACUGCUGGCGACGGCUGUCCCCCUGAUCUGCUUCUGGGGCUGCGUUGCGUUCGGGACAACGGUGGAGGUGCUGUACAUCGCCCGACUACUGGCCGGGCUCGGAGCAGCCGGCGUCUUUCUGCUGGUGCCGAUGUACAUUACCGAAAUUGCUGAGGACAGGAUACGCGGUACGCUCGGCUCGUUCUUCAUCCUGUUCCUCAACAUCGGCACGCUGGUGUCGUUCGUGAUGGGCAGCUACCUGUCCUACCACAUGACCGCCUACAUACUGUUCACGCUGCCGAUCGUCUUUCUCGCCCUGUUUCUCCAAUUUCCCGAAACGCCCCAGUACCUGAUCCGCCGGAACCGCGUCCGCGAUGCGGAAAGCUCGCUCAAGUAUCUGCGCGGCUACACCUCCACGCCCGACCAUCUGGAGAUGUUGCGCUCCGAGAUGGAUGGACUGCUGGUGCAGGUGUCGGGCGAAAAGGACAGCACCGAGCAGAACAGCAGAAUCUCCCUGGCCGACUUUGCUCCCCCGUCAGCGAGGAAGGCGCUGCUGAUUGGACUGGUGCUCGUGUCGCUCAACCAGCUGUCCGGCUGCUUCGCCCUGAUCAACUACACCGCCCAGAUCUUUGCCGACGCCGGGUCCGAUCUCGAUCCCAACAUGGCCGCCAUCGUGGUGGGUGCGAUACAGAUCAUCGGCUCGUACGGUUCCACCAUCAUUGUGGAUCGCUGCCCGCGAAAGCAUUUGUACAUCGUGUCGAGCUUCUUCGCCGCGAUCGGUCUGUUCGCGAUGGGGACGCACGGCUACCUGAAGAGCCAGCACGUGGACGUGAGCGCAAUCAACUGGAUACCGGUCGCGAGCCUUUCGUUCGUGAUUUUCAUCGCCUCGGUCGGCCUGCUGCCACUGACGUUUGUCAUCCUGUCCGAGAUUCUGCCCCCGAAGGUGCGUGGUCUUGGUGGCUCGAUCUGUACGGCGUUUCUGUGGAUGAUUAGCUUCCUGGUGGUGAAGUACUUCCCGGUGAUGGUGGAGCUGAUCGGGCUGCAUGGCUGCAUGUGGGUGUUCAGUGCGGUUUGCCUCUCGGCCGGCCUGUUCAACGCGAUCUUCAUACCGGAAACGCGCGGCCGCAGCAUAGAACAGAUCAUACACGCGAUGGAGAACAACAUUAAGAGCUAAUCGAAGGGGGAGAUACUAUUACAGGGCAGAGGGGAGAUAUUCAAUUCGAAAGGUGAUCGUGGUGAUCACCGAAUCUUGUACAAAGUACUUUUAGCGCUAGCGUCCCCUGCGCCCCCUUAAUCUCCCGUUCCAAAGGUUAUUAUUAUUUAUAAAAAGUGUCACCACUUUUGCUUGUACAUAUUUAUCUACCAUUUAAUGCAUUUGUUAGUCGAGCACGCUUCACACAACCCACGUGUGCAGCACAGGCACAGGAGAAGAAAAGACACGCAGAAGUAUUGUCCGUCCCCGGUCGGGAGGAUGAAGCGCCGGUUUUAUUAAAAUAAUAAUAAUAAUAAUAAUAAUAAAAGCCCCCCCGUCAUCGAUCAAUCGCAA